CAGUGCUCAGAGAAGCCUCUGGAGCCGGCGGAGGAGCCAGCAUGGUGGAGUUUGCACCCCUGUUCGUGCCAUGGGAGCGCCGGCUGCAGACCUUCAUGGUCCUGCAGUGGGUCUUCUCCUUCCUGGCCCUGGCCCAGAUCUGUGUUGUCAUCUUCGUGGGCCUCCUGUUCACAAGAUUCUGGUUGUUCAGUGUCCUGUAUGCGACCUGGUGGUACCUGGACCGAGAAAAGCCACGGCAGGGGGGCAGGUCCUUCCAAGCAAUAAGGCGCUGCUUCUUGUGGAAGUACAUGAGGGACUAUUUCCCUGUCUCGCUGGUCAAGACCGCCGAGCUGGACCCCUCCCGGAACUACCUUGCCGGCUUCCACCCCCACGGGGUCCUGGCUGCUGGAGCCUUUGUCAACCUGUGCACCGAGAGCACAGGCUUCCCUUCGCUCUUCCCUGGCAUCCGCCCCCAUCUGAUGAUGCUGACCCUGUGGUUCCGGGUCCCCUUCUUCAGGGAUUACAUCAUGUCGGGGGGGCUGGUCACAUCAGACAAGGAGAGCGCUGCUCACAUUCUCAACAGGAAAGAAGGUGGCAAUCUGCUGGCCAUCAUCAUAGGGGGUGCCCAGGAGGCACUGAAUGCCAGGCCCGGGGCCUACACGCUGUUGUUGCGGAACCGCAAGGGCUUCGUCAGACUCGCCCUGAUGCACGGGGCUGCUCUCGUUCCGAUCUUCUCCUUCGGGGAGAAUGAACUAUUUGACCAGGUGGAGAAUUCUCCCGGCUCCUGGUUGCGCUGCAUACAGGACCGGCUGCAGAAGAUCAUGGGUAUCUCCCUCCCGCUCUUCCAUGGCCGUGGCGUCUUCCAGUACAGCUUUGGUCUUAUACCCUACCGCCAGCCCAUCACCACCGUGGUGGGAAAGCCCAUUGAGGUGCAGAAGACACUGCAUCCCUCGCAGGAGGAGGUGGACAAGCUUCACCGGCGCUACAUCAAGGAGCUGUGUGACCUCUUCGAAGCCCAUAAGCUCAAGUACAACGUCCCCGUGGACCAGCACUUGGAGUUCUGCUGAGGGCCUCCCCAGAGGCCAGGGCUGGCGUUAGGGAGCCCAGCUGGAGGUGCUGCGAUCUGAGAAGGCUUCCUGGAGGUGUCUGUUGAGCACACGGUCACAGCCUUCCCAAAGUUCUGCAAAUCCAACCAUGCCAGGCCCCAAGUCUCAGCUGCCAGUUUGGGCGUCGCUGGUUUGCACUCCCGCUGCGAAGCCGCUGCAAGCCUCCCUCUCCUUGGCCUCCUCCUCUGUGAAUGGGAGAGGGGGCUGGAAGAGAGUGAUUUCUGAGGUCUCUAUCCCCAGUUAUAAUGUCACUCAAUAGGCAGAGAAAGAGAACGGCAACCAGGUCUUCCUUCCUCUACCUUGAGUAACGGCACAAAAGAAGCCCCAGGCUCCAGCCCCAUCUCCUACAGGGUCCCUCAUCCUGCACCCUAUAUGUUCCAUCUCCUCCCUCCCUGAGCCAGAGAGGAAGAGGUGGCCUUGAGGCCUCCGCACUCAUGCCAGGCCCCUGUGAGUUUCUGGGUCCUCUGCACUGUAGACUGGCAGCCACAGGGGCCCGAAAGGUGGAUGAGAAGAACCGUGCUCUGUCACUGGCUAUAUGACAAUGGGCAGACUUCUUCACCCUCCCUCUGAGCCUCAGUUUCCCUGACUGACUGAGAUGAACCCUGAGUCUAAGCUCUGACAUUACAUAGGCAGAGAGCUCCACGAGGCACCUCUUACUCAUUCACGGUCAUUUCAGCCCCUGACCUUGACACAGAAAGGUGGGAGGUCUCCAUAAAUUUCAGUUCAACAAAUUCUGUUGCAGCCUUCUUCUGUUCCUCCCCAUCCCCCAACAAAAAGGGCUGGUCAAAGCCUCUCUUCCCUGCCUGGCCCUGUGGCCCUAUCUCAUCUUCCCAGAAGGCGGAUCAGAUUGAGCCAGAUAAUGCCAUGUUGACUCUUCCUUCCUGAUCCGAUGGCCCCAAGCUUACCACCCCUGGGCCUGUUCUGUUGGGCAAGAA